GCCAGACAGGGAAAGCAACCUGCAGCCAAGGAUAGACUUCUUCAGAGAAAGGCUGAGAAGCAGGUCCAGGAUGCAGCACCCAGUCUUCUUCCACCUGCUAGGAGUCUGGUUGCUGCUAAGCCACAGCCCCAGAGAGGCCAAGGCCCAGGGGUCCAACAUUGUGAAGCUAUGUGGCCGUGAAUUAGCGCGUGCACGCAUUGAAAUCUGCGGCCAGAUCAACUGGGGAAAGAAUCCUAACAGGGGCAAGUCAUCACUGACAUCUGCCCUGGUUGCAGAUACUGUAUCAUCCUCCAUCAACAGAGGUAUGGAAACCUUAGAUAGGUUGUCAAAAUUCAUUCCUAAUUUUCAAGAGAAGGUGAUGCCAAAUGUGGAACUUGUGAAAAUCAUCAAAAAGAGACAAAGUGAAGCAGAAGACAGCAGCCCUUCAGAACUAAAAGACUUAGUCUUGGAUAAACAUUCCCGCAAGAAGAGAACGGGAAUUUUAGAACUGAGUAACAAGUGUUGUUAUCAAGGUUGUACCGUAAGAGAACUGGCGAGAGGAUGCUGAGAUAACUGAACAAGUCUCAGCUAAUGGUCACCUGUCCUCUUGAUGGCAUGUUCACAGAUUCCUCUCUCAGACACCACUGAUAAUUAGAACAUGAGAAAUCAUUACUAGUGUUCCCAUUUCUGAUUUAUUGUGCCAGAAAACUCUCUUUACAUAAUUGAAGUUUCUGUUAAUAAACCUUUUAAUGCUAAAAAGUU